AAUACUUGUUGUGGUUAGCUGCCUUCCAGUCGGCAGGACUCAUGGCGACCCCACGCACGACGUAAGGAAACGCUGCCGGGUCCUGCGUUAUCCCUACGAGCUACUGGGGAUCGGAAAGCCAUGAUCCAUAGGUUUUCACUGGCUGAUUUUCGGAAGUAGAUCGCCAGGCCUUUCCUCCUAGUCUUGCUAGGUACUUCCUAAGAGCCGACUAUGUGCGGGGCAUAGUUGAUGAUACUACCAUCAGCCCUCCAACAACCAGGUUGCCCCAUCUUAUCUCGCAUCCUCUCCAGGCCUCUGGCCUGUCUUCAGCACUCACCACAGACGAGACGGUUCCUCUAGGGCUCGGUGGGAGGCUGGGCCUCCGGGGCGGCCGGCGGGGCAAGGUGCGCGGCGCGCGCAGGCCUCCGGGGCGGGGCGGCGGAGGCCACACCCUGAAACUACCUGCGCGGCCCGGCCUGGGAAAGUGAGAGACGCCGACGGUGGGCCUGCCACCGGAACUCGCCGACCGCCACCCCGCGCCCCUCUAGACCGCCCCGGCCAUGGCAGGCCGCCGCUGAGCCCCGAGCCCCGGAUCGGUCGCCGUGCGCGCUCGCCCGGCCGCCCGAGACCAUGAAAAGCAACCGAGCCCGGAAGGGCGGCGGGGGCGCGAAGGACUGGGGCGCGGACCUCAAGUACAGCUCUCAGCACCAGAACCUGAAUGGCUUUGAGGAAGGUGUGGAGUUCCUGCCAGUCAACAAUGCAAAGAAGGUGGAGAAGCAGGGCCGGAGAUGCUGGGUGGUGCUGGCGGCCGUGGUCAUUGGCUUCUUUCUGCUUUCUCUCGUGGUUGGUGUCCUUGUGUGGCACUUCCAGCACCGGAAUGAGCGCAUCCCGAAGGUCUUCAAUGGCCACCUGAGGAUCAAAAACGAGAACUUCGUGGAUGCCUACGAGAACUCCAACUCCACAGAGUUCGCAUACCUGGCCAACAGGGUGAAGGAAGCGCUGAAGCUGUUAUACAGUGGAAUCCCGGCCCUGGGCCCCUACCACAAGGAGUCAGCGGUGACUGCCUUCAGCGAGGGCAGCGUCAUCGCCUACUACUGGUCGGAAUUCAGCUUCCCGAAGCACCUGGUGGAGGAGGCGGAGCGCACCAUGGCAGAGGAGCGCGUGGUCAUUCUGCCGCCCCGUGCACGGGCUCACCACUCCACUGUGCUGACUUCUGUGGUGGCCUACCCCACUGACCCCAGAACAGCGCUGAAGACCCGGGACAACAGCUGCAACUUCGCCCUGCACGCCCGCGGUGGGGAGUGGAUGCGCUUCGCCACGCCCGGCUUCCCUGAUAGCCCCUACCCCGCGCACGCCCACUGUCAGUGGGCCCUGCGGGGAGAUGCCAACUCGGUGCUGAGCCUCACCUUCCGCAGCUUUGAUCUUGCGGCUUGUGAUCAGCGGGGCAGUGCCGUGGUUACAGUCUACGACAGCCUGAGCCCCAUAGAGCCCCAUGCUGUGGUCCGGCUGUGUGGCACCUACCCUCCCUCCUACAACCUGACCUUCCUCUCGUCCCAGAACGUCUUUCUCGUCACGCUGAUAUCCAAAUCUAAGCGGCGACACCCCGGCUUUGAGGCCACGUUCUUCCAGCUGACCAAGAUGAGCGGGUGUGGAGGUUACUUACAUCAAGCCCAAGGGACAUUUAGCAGCCCCUAUUACCCGGGCCACUACCCACCCAAUAUCGACUGCACAUGGAACAUCGAGGUGCCCAACAAGCAAUACGUGAAGGUGCGCUUCAAGGUGUUCUACUUGGUGGAGCCCAAUGUGUCACCAGUCAUCUGCACCAAAGACUAUGUGGAAGUCAACGGGGAGAAGCAUUGUGGAGAGAAGUCCGAGUUUGUUGUCACCAGCAACAGCAGCAAGAUCACAGUCCACUUCCACUCGGACCAGUCCUACGCCGACACAGGGUUCCUGGCGGAGUUCCUCUCCUAUGACUCCAGAGACCCGUGCCCUGGCAUGUUCACCUGCAAAACGGGGCGGUGCAUCCGGAACGCCCUGCGUUGUGACGGCUGGGCCGACUGCACUGACCACAGCGACGAGCUCAACUGUGUAUGCAACGCCACUCACCAGUUCACCUGCAAGAACAAGUUCUGCAAACCUCUCUUCUGGGUCUGUGACAGCGUGAACGACUGCGGAGACAACAGUGACGAGCAGGGGUGCAGCUGUCCAGCCCAGACCUUCAAAUGUGGCAAUGGGAAGUGCCUCCCGCUGAGCCAGCAGUGUGACGGGAAGGACAACUGUGGGGAUGGGUCUGAUGAGGCCUCGUGUGACCAAGUGAGCACCGUCACCUGCACCCAGCACACCUAUCGCUGCCACAACGGGCUCUGUGUGAACAAGGGCAACCCCGAGUGUGACGGGAAGGAGGACUGCAGUGACGGCUCAGACGAGAAGGACUGUGACUGUGGGCAGCGGUCGUUCAGCAAGCAGUCGCGUGUCGUUGGGGGCCAGAACGCGGAUGAAGGCGAGUGGCCGUGGCAGGUGAGCCUGCACGCCCUGGGCCAGGGCCAUGUCUGCGGGGCCUCCCUCAUCUCUCCCACCUGGCUGGUCUCUGCAGCGCACUGCCACAUCGACGACAAGGGCUUCAGGUACUCAGACCCUGCCAUGUGGACCGCCUACCUGGGCUUGCAUGACCAGAGCAAGCGCAGUGACCCUGGGGUGCAGGAGCACAAGCUGAAGCGCAUUAUCCGCCACCCCAGCUUCAAUGACUUCACCUAUGACUAUGACCUGGCCCUGCUGGAGCUGGAGCAGCCAGCCGAGUACAGCAGUGUGGUGCGGCCCAUCUGCCUGCCCGACGCUACCCACGUCUUCCCUGCGGGCAAGGCCAUCUGGGUCACGGGCUGGGGGCACACCCAGGAGGGAGGUUCUUCCGCGCUGAUCCUGCAAAAGGGUGAGAUCCGCGUCAUCAAUCAGACCACCUGCGAGAGCCUGUUGCCGCAGCAGCUCAGUGCCCGCAUGAUGUGUGUGGGCUACCUCAGUGGGGGCGUGGAUUCCUGCCAGGGCGACUCUGGGGGCCCCUUGUCCAGUGUGGAGGCCGAUGGUCGCAUCUUCCAGGCCGGAGUGGUGAGCUGGGGCGAUGGCUGCGCGCGGAGGAACAAGCCCGGCGUAUACACCAGGCUCUCCAUGUUUCGGGGCUGGAUCAAAGAGCAGACUGGGGUGUAACAGCCAGUCCACAGAACACCCCAGCGUGCAGGCCUGCAGACUGAGGACAAUGGCUGGCCUGCGUCCCCCUUGGGCCCUCCAGAGCCCAGAUUGUGAACUGAAUCCCCGGGACUCAGGCAGUGAACCCCCAGAUGGUGAACCCUCAGAUGGUGAACCCCCCAGAUGGCGAACCCCCAGAUGGCAAACCCCCAGAUGGCAAACCCUCAGAUGGCAAACCCUCAGAUGGCGAAACCCCAGGUGAAGAACCCGCAGAUGGUGAACCCUCAAGUGGCGAACCCCUGGAUGGCAAACCCUCAGAUGGCAAGCACUCAAGCGGUGAACCCCCAGAUGGUGAAUUCGCCAGAGGGCCUCUUUCUGCCUCGGUCUCCAAGUGGGGCUGGGGUGUGGGAGGAGGAGCCCCAAACCGGGCGGCGGCGCUGCUCUGGAGAUCCACUGCCUCUGUCUCUGAGGAACGCCUGUAACUUUGCCGCCACCGCCUCUUUCGGGGGGCUGGCAGGAGGGCUGCUGGCUCUGGGCUGUGGGGUCCAGGGUCAUACUCUUCGGAAGACCUAGACCACAGUACCCUG